GGAAACCUUUUUUUUCUUUCUUUCUUCUGAAACUUUCCUCUGCUGAUCCGCCUCCCGGUCCUCUCAGUCCCUGGCAGGCCGGGGGCCCCUGCACCGUGGCCCUAUAACUCCAUUCUCUAUUUCUGUGCUUCCUUGUGCUGCCAAGCCCCUGACGUAAUGCUCCGCGUUAAUUAUUAGCAUGUGGAAAGCCAUGGCCAGCCCCUCGAUCCCAGGCUCCGAGCGUACGGUGGGGCUGCACCUCGCUCCCUCCCCGGUACCAACAAAUCGCUGAUUGGCUAGACACCACGGGAGUCACCGCCAACCGCACGCUCGACCUUCUGAUUGGUCAUUCGACACUGCGAGGCACAACCCUUCGUACGCUCGGACCCUGGGAUUUAUGCCGCGGCUCUUCUCUGGCGGCCAGAGAGCACCCCGACUGCUGGGAGAGGGAAAGUUAGUCAAGAUGGCAAAUAUCACUAAACCGGAGUAAAGGGGGCACCGCUCCCCGAAACUGUGAUCGAGACCCAUGAUGCUCAUGUUCCCAUAAGCCUCAGGCGGACUCCCUAAAUAAAAAAUGCCAAUGAGAGUGAAACUAUUGUGACAGCGUUUGCUGGAAGAAAGCUGACUUAUCACAAAUCAAUCCUUUGACCAGCGAGCAGACAAAAGCUCAGAUUGCCCAGCCAGGAGUGCACUGGGCGACUCCAGUUGUGACCGCAGAGGAACCCCACCGACCGCCAGCAUCAACAGGAACAAACCUACAGCACCUACCCACGCAACAAACACCGCCUAUAACCUAGGUUAUACCAGACAGAGGGAGGGCUCUCCUGCUGUCCCAGGCGCUAUGGACGGCCACAACGACGGCCGCGUGCUUCACGCUACCUCUCACACGCUGCCACCUUUCCCCAAGUAAGAGCUAAUAACAGGCUGACCGGACCACCUCCAAGCUCCCCCCGACAGGAACUUCAAUCCACGUCCUAGACGCCAGCCCCCUCCCCCCCUGCCUCCCCCAUCCUCUCUAUCCUCCUCCCCCCCUCCCCCCCCCCCACCCACGGGACCAAACCCCUAGCCUAGCCUACACUCCUCGUCCCCGGACCAUGAUGUUUCGCGACCAGGUGGGAGUCCUGGCCAGCUGGUUCAAGGGGUGGAACGAGUGCGAGCAGACGGUGGCUCUGCUGUCCCUGCUGAAGCGCGUGGGCCGGACGCAGGCACGCUUCCUGCAGCUCUGUCUGGAGCACUCCCUGGCCGAGUGCACCGAGCUGCACCAGCUGGAGGGGGCGGCCAACGACCCAGUGGUGAUCAGCCAGUGGCAGAGCGAGCCCAGAGAGCUGGUCAUCUCCCUGGUCCUCACCCACCUGCCGCUGCUCAAGCCGGGCAACACGGAGGCCAAGACCGAGUACAUGCGCCUGCUGCCGCGCAUCCUGGCGCAGACCAUCGAGCACGGGCGCCACCUGGAGGAGUCCCGCCAGCUGCUGUCCUACGCCCUCAUCCACCCGGCCACGUCCCUGGAGGACCGCUCGGCGCUGGCGCUCUGGCUCAACCACCUGGAGGAACGGGCCGCCGCCCGGGGCGACUCCCUGGAGCGGCCCCCGCCUGGCGCGGGGGGGCUGUCCCUCCACCACCAGGCGCACUCCGCCGCCGCCGCCGCCGCCGCCCACCACCAGCACCACGCCCCGCCGCACCAGCACACCACGCCCCCGUCCACGCUGUCGUCGUCGGGCUCGUCGUCCUCGUCCUCCUCGUCCGUCACCAACAACACGGCCUCGCUGUCGUCGUCGCUGGGCAACCUGUACUCCCUGCACCACGCGCAGCAGCGCUACGGCUCCGACGACCGGCUCAACGGCUGGCAGGGGUCCCGGGACUCGGGGCUGGGCGGCUGGCACCAGGGGCAGGGCGGCCAGCCCCAGCAGGGGGGCGGCUGUGAGAACGGACUCCUGUCCCUCUACCCGUCCUCCUCCGUGCCCGCCACCAUCAACACGCUGGGCAUCGGCGGAGGGGGCAGCACCCUGUUGACGGCCGGCAGCGGCGGCGGCCAGCUGCACUCUCCCUUGAAGCGCUCGAUCUCCCUGACUCCUCCCAUGAGCGGCCCCGGCAGCCAAUCCCUAGGCCCCAUCUGGCUGUCCCAAGAGGACCUGCGCGCAACCCGGGGCCCGGCCCUGGACGACCACCACCACCUCCUCCACCACCACCUCCACCUCCACCGCCGCCACCAGGCGCCCCUCUCCCCGCAGAGCAGCAUCGCCUCCUCGGGCAGCGGGGGCAGCGAGACACUGGAGGAGGCCCCCCCCUCCUCCUCCUUCUCCUCCUUCUCCUCCUUCUCCUCCUCGCUGCACCGCGCCUCCUUCCGCAAGGAGGGCAGCGGCGUGAGGGGUGAGUCGUGGAGGGACAGGCCGCCCAGGCAGACGGACGGACGAGGGCCGACCGACGUCCCCGCCUGGCUCAAGAGCCUGCGCCUCCACAAGUACGCCGCUCUCUUCUCCACCAUGACCUACGACGAGAUGAUGUCAUUAACUGAGCAGCAGCUCGAGUCAAAGCAGGUGACCAAAGGAGCCCGCCACAAGAUAGUGAUCAGCAUUCAGAAGCUCAAGGAGAGGCAGAACCUGCUGCGCUGCCUGGAGAAGGACGUCCUGGAGGGGGGUAACCUGCGCGCCCCGCUGCAGGAGCUCCACCAGAUGAUCGGCACGCCCAUCAAGGCCUUCAGCGGCGGCGACGACGGGGACGGGGCCUCGCCACAGCGCCCUCUGCUGGGGCCCGACAGCAAGAGCGUCGCCCCCGGCUCCCACCUGGCCGGAGGGGGCGGGGGCGAGGGCGAGGCCGGGGCCAGCGCCGUCGCCGAGGGAGACCUCCCCAGCCAGUUCACACGCGUCAUGGGCAAAGUUUGCACACAGCUGCUGGUGUCCCGACCGGACGAGGAGAACAUCAGCUCCUACCUGCAGCUGAUCGACAAGUGUGUCAUCCACGAGUCCUUCACCGAGACGCAGAGGAAGAGGUUGUUGUCAUGGAAACAGCAGGUCCAGCGGUUGUUCCGGUCCAUUCCGAGGAAAACCCUCCUCGACCUAGCGGGCUACCGUCAGCAACGGAGCCGUGGUUUCGGCCAGUCCAACUCCCUCCCCACGGCCGGCUGCGUGGGCAGCGCCGUGUCUGUCAGGAGGAGCCUGAGGCAGUUCCAGAUGCCCUCCCGGAGCCUCCCCGGGGCCCGGCUGGGGGCCCUGGGGACCGGGGGCCUCCUGGGGCCCACGCCACGCAGCUCCAGCAGCACGCCCACCGGGCUCAAGCAGGGCCGACAGGGCCUGUGGUUCGCCAACCCGGGGGGCAGCAACAGCAUGCCGAGCCGCAGCCACAGCUCGGUGCAGCGCACCCGCUCCCUGCCCGUGCACACCACCCCGCGCACGCUGGCCAUGUUCCAGCAGGCGGAUCUGCAGUUGUCGGUGAACGAGCCGGACAUCAACAACCGGCUGGAGUCGCUGUGUCUCAGCAUGACCGAGCACGCCUUGGGAGACGGUGCUGACCGCACGUCCACAAUAUGAACAGAGGACCUGAGGGAGAGCAGCCGGACAGCACAGGUGUGUGAGGCUCUCUCACGAAACGUCACCUGGAAGUAACCAAUCUGCUCCGCCCCCCCUCCUCUCCAACCAAUGAGAGAGGGUUCCACCAACGGACAAGAGAGCCAAUCAGCAAUCAGCAGGUCAACGCCAGCGUUCACACAGACGCGUCCCGUCGGUUUGGGAGCGGAGGGGGGGUGGGGGGGGGAGAUUGAAGACGCACACGCUUCCUGCUAUCCCAGCAUGCAUGCUUUCAACCGGCGAUGCCUGAGGAUGGGAGAGAGGCGUGUGAAACAUGUUGCUGGACGAGUAGGUGCAGAGCGCCCUCUGGCAGGCGGCAGGAGGUACUGCACCCCCCGACCCCCGCACCAAACCUAAUGGGCUCAUGUCAGCAGAGUGGAAACACAGGGAUGUGGAUGAGGGAGACUACGGAUCAACAGAGUCCCUGUGACACACUGAUAUCCACCCCUCCCUAACCCCCAUCCCCGACCCCAAAAGGAAAAAAGAAAAGCAGUUUGUAUUUUUUUAAUAUAAUAGGAGUACCUCAUGUAACAGGCAGAACGAGGCAGACACAUUAAACUGACACGGUCUGAGCUUCAGGAUUCCCCCCAAAGUGGGUUUCGGAAUUAUGACUGAGUGCAAACGAGUUCUUGGGAAUGUAUCUCACUCAGUAUUUGGGAGGCUGAUCUAAUUUUUGUAUUUGAUGUACGUACGUAUGUAUUGUUUACAUAAUGAUGCUACUUCAGUGGGGUACAGACGCAUAUGAUUUUCAGGUAGGGAACGUUUGUGUCCGUAAAGCCGCCAUGGCCUUCUUCCAUCGUCGCUUUACGUCCCAACGAGUGGGCAUCACGUUAGUUUACAACCAAUGUGCUUACAUCCUUUAUUUUACGCACCCGUAGCCAUGCGUAGAGCGGGGGCGCGAGUCUUUACAGAGAGAGUGACGGAAGAGGAUGAGUUUGGUGCGAAGGAUGGCGCAACAAGUGUUUGCGACUUAUGAGAACGAAGCGGAAAGUAAAAGACUAGUUGAGAUGAUCGAUGCGGACAUUGGGAAAAGGGAAGUGGAUAUGUGUAAAGGAAUGGAAUCAGAGGCAGGCCCUCCGAUUGGCUCAUGAAGAGAAGGAUAUAGUAAAGUCCCGUCGUGUUGGGGAGUUCAGGGGAGGGGAAGUUGAGUUGGGCAGCGGCCUCAUUACAUAGUGUUGAUAUGUCGUAUAUAUGUUAUUUGAAAUGAUGGCCUUUGUAGGCGCUAUACAAUGAACAUGUAGUUUUUUUUAUAUACAUUUAAAUGGGAGAUCAGCACAGGAGUAUUGUCAACAUAUUUUUUUGUUAACGCGUUAAUUGUAUGGGUGUGUUUCAAGAGAAUGUGCUUCAACAGAUCCUCAGACCAGAGGGGAAUUGUGAUUGACAGGUUGGCAGUAGGCAGGGUUCAAAUGCCCCCCCUUGACAAGAAUGGAUUCAUGUCAUAGACGUUCUAUUUUUUAUUAUGAUCGAUCAAUGAAGGGCCUUGCUCCCAGAGAUUGUGUUCUCGAGUGCCUAACCCCCCCUGCUGGUCAAGUCUCGGACAAGUCGGCGGUGGGAUUCCCAGUUAACCGGCACAUCCAGUCAGCCCCAUGUUGUGUUGUGGUCAUCACAGCCUUCUCCUUUUGUGUUUGUUGUAUUUUCGGGCGGCAAAGAUCACGCCUGCAAGAAUGAUCUGGAAAGGACGCAUCUCAUAUCGCCCAGUUACAGCUCAUCUGAUGUGUGCUGCAGGCCUUCAUAGUUUAUCCCGUGUCUUAAUAUUUAUCCUCUGUGUGCGUUGUGUCCGGUAGCCUUGGUUAAAGGAUAGGUUUAUGUUCAAAUAAGCUGGUGGGUGAAACACUAGCAGGGGGGACGCCCUGCUAGGGGCAAGACCCCCCCAACGUUUCAAGUCCCUUGCGUGUAAACAGGGCUUUGAAACGGGAGCGAUGGAUGAGGUGUUGAUCAUGUUGUCGUUAAUAGUUAUUUUCUAUUUUAGUUUCUUGUAAUUCUUAAGGACUUCUCCUUUUUUUUUUGUAUUCUGCACUUGAUGCUGUGAUACGCGACGCAUUUGCUUAGACAUUGAUGCGGAUUUGUGAGGCUCGAUCUCCUGGGAUGAUGAGGAGGUUGUAGGAGACGUACUGUAGACGGAGCUACUGGCCAAAGCAAACCCCUCCAACCGAGAGUAGCACUGCAGAACUCAAGCACAUUUCAUCAGCAAUGUGAUGGCGCUUUUACUCUUAUACAUUACAGUGGAUUCAGCAUGGGGGGUGUACGGUCAAAUGAUACUGCUGGAUGCCAGGGCUUUCAGACAAGAAGCGCUUUCAGAUUUCAGAUGGGUAUCUUGCCUUACCUUCUCAAACCACCAGGGGUGGGAGUGAGCAGUUUCCACAAAGGCCAGGACAUGGGUUAGCCACAGAGAAUCCUACCAGUGUUGACCACACACAAACACACCCAUUACUUCUCGAAUGGUGGUUCGCUCAAAGGUUAAACCAUUGGUCCAACCCUGGGAGACCCGUGGGGGUGUCACUGAACACACUCACAGUCUCACCGUGUGUGGGCAAUGUACUACUGCUACGACAUAUGUUUUGAACCCAAAAGUGCUCUCAACAUAGGCUCUGGUGUCUGAACUAGGGCAGUGGAUGGCAGUCCACCCGCCAAAGCGUUGUAUACAACUGGCAUGAUUUUCUUUCUCCCGCCCCCCCCCUUUUUUGUACGGGAAGUGGAUUGACCCAUUUGCUUUGAUACAGUGCGUAACUAUUUUUGUAUUAGUAAGCUCCUCGAUUAUAGGGGUUACGUUUGUUUUUCGGGACAUUGUAUCCAAAGUCUUCCAGUGUCAAAACUCGAUUCAAACAAUUAUUUAUUCUUUUUUUUUUCAGACCUUUCACAAAGGUUAUUCUUGUACUCAUGUGGGUGUAUCAUUAUUUAAAGUACCAUAUGUAUUAACAUGUUAUGGCUGGUGACCAUACGUACAUCUCAUAUUAACAAUAGUUUUCUUUAAUUUACCUUUUUAUUUUCGUUCGCGUUAAAAAGAAAAUUCGGGGUGUAUAAUCUCAUAUUGUUAUCUACCAGUGUCAUGUUAAAGUUGUUUUUCUCAGUAUGUUUAAAACUUAUUUCUAAAAGCAUACCGCACGGUGACCCCUGGGGAAAUCCCAAAGCUGUGAGGGCAGUGUGCCCUUGAGCAAUGCUCUUUGGUCACUUCAGAUUACCCUAACGUAAAGGCUUUGGUAAGCAAAGGAGGGCUCAACAAUGCCCUCUGUCGGCCGCUGAGGUGAACUGCACCUCCUGCAGUCCCACCUGAUGGGCGACACCAGUUACGGUAGUUUCAGCGUUAUCUGCCCGGCGGUAUCUCCAUGCCAAAGGCAGGGUUGGGCCUUUACAUAGAUGAUGAUGCGGUGUGAUGUGUUGAGAAACGUUGCAGGGUAGUUACGUUGAAUCAGUGAUUUUUUUGUUGUUGUUCAAAAUUGGAUUAUUACGCAACGCACGCAAGAAAAACAACAACUAAAUUGCUUCUUCUUUCUUUCUGGGUUUGGCUUGAUUUGUGUUUUUUGUGUGGAUAUCCAUCUGUUACCGAGUCCCCAGAGGGCUUCUGACGGUUACCAGUUAACGCCUUGCUAUUCCCAAAAAUAAGUGUAUUUAAUGUAGCGUUAAUUGAGACACGAAUAUGGUUUCGUUUUUUUAGUUUUGUUUCUGUCAGAUUCUAUGAUUGCCUGUUGGUUACCUGGACUCGUUAGCAAAACGUCAACCAAUUCUGUAACAACGUUUUACUGCUCGACUGUGCCCCUAGUUCGGUUUUAUUUUCAUAUCAAAGAGCCGUUGUCCUGUAUUGACUGCAGGCUGACGUAUAUAUUUGACAAAAAGUAUUGUAUGUUUAAUUAUAUAAUAUUAAAAAGACAAUAACAAAGGGCAAAAAACGUCAAAAACGUCAAAAAAAUAAAAAAUUAAGGCAGAAAAAAAUAUUUAUAUAUUAAAAAAAACUGCAUGCACAGAGGCUGGGAGAUCCUAUUUAGAAUAACAAAUGGCAGUGCCUUUUUUUUGUACUCAAGAUAUUUAGUCCCAAGUGUAAAAGAAAAAAA